GUUGAUUGGACAGGCACGUUGCGAAUGGCGGAGACGCUGAGGCGGGUGCUAAACCAGGGCCCCUCGGCAGAGUCCGGGGAGGAGUACACAGCGGAGCCCGGGCCGCCUUUACUGCUGCUCGGCGGCCCAGGCUCCGGAAAGACCGCGCUGCUAUUCGCGGCGGCCCUGGAAGCGGCAGGAGAGGGCCGAGGCCCCGUCCUCUUCCUGACCCGGAGGCCUCUCCAAAGCCUGCCUCGCGGGACCGGAGCGGUGCUCGACCCCCUGCGGCUACAGAAGAUACGCUUCCAGUACCCACCCUCAACCCAUGAACUCCUUCAGCUUCUGUGCUCUGCCCAUGAGGCCCUGGGCCCAGCCCCCUCCCUCCUGCUGCUGGAUGGCCUGGAGGAGUACCUAGUGGAAGACUCUCAAGAAGUGGCCUACUUGGCUGCCCUGCUUCUAGACACAGCUGCCCACUUCAGCCACCGGACUGGGCCUGGCCAGGGCUGUGGGCUCAUUGUGGCCCUCCAGAUCCAGGAAGAGGAAGAGAGUGGGGAUGGCCUGCAGCUGUCGCUGCUCCAGCGGUACUUCCCUGCCCAAUGCUGGCUGCAGGUGGAUGCACCAGGCCCAGGACAGCGCGGCCUCCGAGCCUGCCUGGAUCCAGGUGGGCUGGGCCCUAGAGCAGAGUGGUGGGUGGCUUUCCGACCAGAUGGAGAGAUGACAAUCACCCCAUGGCCUACCCAGGCUGGUAACCCCAACUCAGACAAAGGUUCAAGUUCUGGAUGCCAGCCUUGAGCUUUGAUGUGUGACACCCUCUUUGUGCCUCAACUGCCCAUGGCUGGAAUACUUACUUCAGGGACUAGUACAGAUUCAAAGACCUAAAGAACAUAAAAUGCUUUUUCUCUUGAAACAGAGCAUUACCAUGUACCUAUUAUGCCCAAUCAACAUAUUGUUUUGCUGUUUUGAACUUCAUAAAAUAUUUCAUGAUAAAUGUAAUCUAAGACUUCUCCCACUCAGCAUUAUUAUUACUAUUAGUUCAGGGGCACCUGGGUGGUUCAGUGGGUGAAGCAUCUGACUUCAGCUCAGGUCAUGAUCUCUGGGUCCUGGGAUCGAGCCCCAGGUCAGGGCACAUUUUCUAGUUCAUUCCUUUCCCCCUACUACAUGUAAUUCCAUGGGUGACUGGAAUUCCAAUUUACUCAUCAAACUGACUUAUUUACUGCUAUGAACAUUUUUCUUGCACACAUGCCCUGGUUCGUGUAUAUGAGGGGUUUUAGGGUAUAAACCUAGAAGUGGAAUUGGGAGAGAAGUUCUGCAUGUGUUCAUCUUUCCUUGGUUAUGUCAAACUUUUUAAAAGUGGUUAAACCAGAACUGCCAGUGAGCCACCUGAUGACAUUGGUCCCAUCAGAGUACUUUUCUUAGAACAGGGCCUGAUUCAGAAUAAAGCCUUACAAAUUA